GGCUAGUGUUACACAAUGGCAGCAAAGUUGUUUGAAUCAAUUGGAAAACUUGGCCGGAUGGCUGUUGCUGGAGGUGUCGUAAACUCUGCCUUAUAUAAUGUGGACGCUGGACACAAUGCUGUUAUUUUUGACAGAUUCCGAGGGGUUCAAAAUGAGGUAGUGGGAGAAGGUACACAUUUCCUCAUCCCCUUGGUACAGAAACCAAUCAUUUUUGACUGCCGUUCACGUCCUCGCAACGUUCCUGUUAUCACAGGGAGCAAAGAUCUGCAGAAUGUUAAUAUCACUCUGCGUAUUCUUUUCCGGCCUGUUGCCAAUGAAUUGCCACGUAUUUUCACCAGCAUCGGAGAGGACUAUGAUGAGCGUGUUUUGCCGUCUAUUACAACUGAGGUUCUUAAAUCAGUGGUGGCCCGGUUUGAUGCAGAGGAAUUGAUCACUCAAAGAGAGCUGGUUUCCAGGCAGGUCAGUGAAGAUCUAACAGAGAGAGCAACCACAUUCGGACUUAUCCUGGAUGAUGUGUCCCUGACGCAUUUGACAUUUGGUAAGGAGUUCACAGAAGCUGUUGAAGCCAAGCAAGUAGCCCAGCAGGAAGCAGAGAGAGCCCGGUUUAUUGUGGAGAAGGCUGAGCAACAGAAAAAGGCUGCUGUCAUAUCUGCUGAAGGAGACUCUAAGGCAGCAGAAUUGAUUGCAGUAUCCCUAGCAGAUGUUGGUGAUGGUUUAAUUGAACUGCGCAAACUGGAAGCUGCUGAAGAUAUUACAUACCAGUUGUCCCGUUCCCGUAAUGUCACCUACUUGCCUUCAGGACAGUCCACAUUACUACAAUUGCCACAAAUGUAGAAAGCAUCAUUCUAGCUAAAAUUAUUAAUUUGUUACUCAUUGUCCCAAGUAAGGACUUCAUAAUGUAGGGAGCAGUGGCCUUUAUUCUGACAGUGGUAACUCUAUACUAAAGUGGACUAUUUACAGACUAAUUACAUUAAGGAGAUAAGUGACCUAGAAUAGACUUCAGAUUUCAUUAAAGCAGAAUGCCCUAAUAAUGACGUGCUUUACUGUAUUCCUAGCCAUUGGAUUGCUGCAGUAUGAGAACAUUUUACAUUAUGUGUAGUAAUUACAGUGCAGUACAUUGCUGAUUGGAAGCACUUUCAUAGCAUGAGAAAUAUGUUAUAUAUCUAGAAAUAUACAACGUACUUUCAGUGCUACUUUUCUGCUUUGAGGUCACUUAGCUUAGAUAUGGAGUCGACUAUGACCGAAGGAUAAACAGUCUGCCUCUUCACCCACUGUUAAAUGCAAUCUCCGACUAAACUAGUCAUCCUUUCCAUGUUCCUGUUGUAAAGGGUUCUCCUUUUCUGAGGCAGUCGUUUGGCAAAGCUUUUCAUUAAAAAAAAAAAUAUAUAUAUAUAUAUAUAUAUAUGAUUUACCUGCGA